AUGAAGUUCGGCCAGAACUUACCGAGGAAUCAAGUCCCGGAAUGGGCAUCAGCGUAUAUUGAUUAUAAGCGCUUGAAGAAAUUGAUCAAGGCUGCUGAGCAGGCGGUGGAAGAGGGCAAUGAUCCAGAUCUAGCAGGCUUCUCGUUCACUCUUGACCGCCAACUGGAAAAUGUGGAUACCUUCUACAACAGGAAGUUUGGAGAGUUCUCACGACGUCUGCGGCUGCUAUACGAGCGCUAUGGCAUGGCUUCCAAGCUCCACGAUGGCAUGGAGAAGGACGAGAUGGAAGACUUGAUUGGCGCAUUGCUGGAGCUGAGAGGAUGGUACCGGAAGCUGCAAUGGUACGGCGAGGUGAAUCGACGAGGAUUCGUCAAGAUCACAAAGAAGUUGGACAAGAAGAUUCCGAGCUCGUCUGCACAGAGACAGUAUCUCGUGACCAAGGUCGAUCCGAAGCCUUUUGCGACGAACAACAUGUUGACGCAGGAUAUGCGUGCUGUCAACGACUGGCUAAGUAGUCUCGGGCCAGUCAAGACACCGGACGACGCAAGUUCGCAGAGGUCUGGAAGUUCUGGAUCCAUGAGGAGGAUAGCUUCAAAGGCUAGCUUGAAGAUGCCGACCGCCACGUUGGACGCGCUGGACGAGGCAGCAAGCGCCGACGAUGUGGAACAUAUACUCAGGUUACUUGGCUCUGGUGUACCGAGCACAGCUAGUGAGAUGCAGCGGAAGUCUUUGUUGCUCGACCUGCUCCAGCGCUGCGUAUCAGCACGUUCCGAGAAGUGUAUCGACGCUAUAUUGCAACGGGUACCAGAUCUAGAGCAAGACGAUGACAUGAACAAGCGCAAUAUCCUUCACCGACUAGUCAUCGCAAUUGGUCGAGCACGAGCGCUAGCCAUGUCCAGCAAAGCGGAAGGCUCGACAGAUGAUCCACGAGCCAUGAUAUAUAUCAAUGCUGCGCAGCCACCAGUCCGCGCACCUGGUGCUCUCAAGAUCGAGGAGCGCGAUCCGGACAGCGACUUUGGGAAGGACGAUCAUGCCGAGAAACUGCUCGUGUCUAUACUCGACCGCCUGACCAACGAACAGAGGUCUGCGAUCAUAGCCAAGGAUGGCUAUGGUCGUCUGCCCCUCCACUACGCUGCACAGUAUGGUCUCGUGGAAGUGAGCAAGUACUUGAUGAAUUACAUGCAGGCUUGGCAGAUGUUCGACCUAUCCGACGGCAUUGAUUCUACGUGGUGGCAAGACUCAGAAGGCUAUGCGCCACUGCAUCUAGCAGUGAUCGGUGGUCACUACCGAACCACAAAAGCACUACUGUUCGUGGAUGAAGACCAUCAUCCUCAUGGUACAAGACUAACGCACAUGGACGUCGAGAAGAAUGGUACAUCGCUUGCUCUGGCCACGAAGUCUGACUUCGUGAAGAUUGUACGUCUGUUGGUUGAGGCAGGUGUGGACGUCAACUACCAAGACGAGCAAGGUGAGACUGCCUUGCACGUAGCGGCGCGGUUCGGCCAUGAAGAAUGCGCACAGAUACUGCUAUCCACUUCUGGACCAUUCGGCAUCAACGUUCAGCUCGCAGAGAAGACAUACGGCUGGACGCCACUCUUUAUUGCUGCUGUGGACGGCCAGCUGCCCGUGCUAAGAUUGGUGGUAGCCAAAGGAGCUGUCGUAUCCAACAAGGACUACUCUGGCUGGACACCGCAGGAGCAUGCCGCGUUGCGUGGACAUCUGGAGAUAGCGCAAUACCUCAGAGCUUUCACACCCGCACCAAGUCUGAAUACAAGUCCCGAGAUCGCGGCUCAGCCGUCUACCGCUCUGCUCAACGGAUCUUUCGAGGACCGGCGCUCUAACGGUACUUCGAAAGAUGCGGCCAUUGGGAACGGCAAGGCCGUCGAACCCGUCAAGUCGUUCGGUCAUCGUUACCUGACUGAUGAAGCCAUGGUGCUGGUCAGCUUGGGCUCAAUGGAUGCGAGGAAGAAUCUUGAGUCCGUGAUACUCGAGAAUAUCCCAAUCAACGAUGCCCAUGCUACACAGCUUGAUACGGCCCUAUCGCUUGUUGUCUCAGCCCAAGGUGCUGUUGGUGAGUCUACCAUCAUCGACCUGCCAGUGCAGGAAAACAUUAGCACCUCGCCGAUCAGAUUCUCCACAAGAGACCCGACGAAGGUUAAGCUGCUGUUCGAUCUCGUGCCAACUUAUGCUGGAAGUACAGACAAAGUCAUUGGGCGGGCCGUCGCACUUCUAUCCAGCAUCAAACCCACUAUUGGCACGAAGCGUAUGAACCUGCAAGGCGACCUGAGCGUACCGCUUAUGUCGAGAGACACUUUAGAUGUCAUCGGCUCGAUCAACUUCAACUUCCUCAUCAUUACGCCCUUCACGCAUCCAGAGAUGUCUGUGUCUGGUGAUCGAACAUACUGGAAAGCAGCAGCUACACAAAUCAUUGGACAUCGCGGCUUGGGCAAAAACAUGCUAGGCAAUGCCGACAAGAAGCGAUCACUGCAGCUGGGCGAGAACACGAUGGACUCUUUUAUUGCCGCUGCAUCUCUGGGUGCAUCUUACGUCGAGUUUGACGUGCAGAUGACGAAAGAUCAUGUCCCAGUCAUCUACCACGACUUUCUCGUCAGCGAGACCGGUGCCGAUGUGCCCGUACACCAACUUACACUUGAACAAUUCCUUGCUCUUAGUGAUGGUACUCCACGGCCAAAGAACAAGGGACAAGCGGGCAACACUCCUGCAGACACUGAUGGCCUACCCCAAGGCCGCUUGACUCGCUCCUUUUCUCUCGAUGCUGGCUCUUCGUCCCAGACUGAUCUCCGUGACCGCAUGAAGCACACCCGCGACUACAAGAAGAAAGGGUUCAAGGGUAAUCUUCGAGGCGACACGAUCCAAUCGCGCUUCACGACGCUGGAAGAAAUGUUCCGGCAGUUACCCGAGAAUAUCAGCUUCAAUAUCGAGAUGAAGUAUCCUAUGCUCUUUGAGAGCGUGGACGAGGACAUGGACACCUAUGCAGUGGAGCUCAACACUUUCGUCGACACGGUGCUGAAAAUGGUAUACGAUCUAAGCGAUAAGAGGAAUCUAAUCUUCUCGUCCUUCCACCCAGAUAUUUGUUUGCUUCUGUCCUUCAAGCAGCCCAACUUCCCUAUCCUUUUCCUCACAGACGCCGGCGCCUCUCCAGUCGGAGAUAUACGAGCUAGCUCGCUGCAGGAAGCCAUCAGAUUUGCCUCUCGCUGGAAUCUUCUAGGCAUUGUAUCAGCUGCUCAGCCGUUCGUGCUGUGUCCGAGACUCAUACAAGUGGUGAAGAACUCGGGACUGGUGUGCGUAAGCUACGGGACCGACAACAACGAUCCGUUCAACGCGAGGUUGCAGGCUCAAGAAGGCAUAGAUGCAGUUAUUGUUGAUAAUGUUGCGAGGGUCAGGAAAGGACUGACAGAGCAUGAGGAGUUGACUUCAGGGAUGACGAAACUAAAUCUUGGAAAUGCUGCUUGA